GCCGCAUCCACCAUUGCAGGCUGAGUUCGCCUGCUCGGCGGUGGUGUUUCCGCGGCUUCUUCCCCGCGCCCCUGGGGAGCGUCAUCGAGCAGCCACCCUGGAAGGGAUGGUCCCUGAGGCCAGAGGGCCCUGGCGGAGGACUCGGACCCUGGGACUGCAGGGGGGAUUGGCUGGCCCCAGUGAACCCCCACUGAGGACAGCUUAGCCCUGGUGGCCCAGAUGCUCAAGGAGGGAGCUCUGCCCUCCGAGGGUGCAGUCUGCACCCAGACCCCAGGGGACGAGGUAGAUGAAGGCAUGGCCCCCACUGGGCCCCCAGUGGACACUUCCAAGGAGCCCGUGACCUUCAGGGAUGUGGCUGUGGACUUCACUCCUGAGGAGUGGGGGCAGCUGGGCCCAUCUCAGAGGCAGCUGUACUGGGACGUGAUGCUGGAGACCUACUGGAACCUGGUCUCCCUGGGGCUUUCUAUUCCCAAACCGACUGCCAUCUCCCACCUAGAGCCAGAAGAGCCAAGGACGGCGGAGGGAGAGACCCCAAGUGGCCCCCAUCCAGACUGGAACACUAGACCUGAAACCAGAGAGUCAGCCCCACGUUGGGAUAUUUCUGAAGGAGGAACAUCCCAUGGGAUGAUGAUGACAAGAUUUGCUCAGGAUGGUCCUUGGAACCCCACUCUGGGGAAAGCCUGGAUGUGUGGUGGACAGUUAGAAGAGCAGCAGGAGAGACGGUGGAGGCAGAGGAUUGUCACCAGUAAGCAAAUCCAGUCUGGGGACAUAGGCUCUGAAUGGGAUGAAUGUGAGAAGAGCAUCAGUCUGAGGCCACUGCUGAUUCUACACCAGAAUCUCUCCUUGGCUGGAGAGAGGGCCCAUAAACACGAUGUGAGUGGGAAAAGCUUCAAGCAGCUUUCUCACUUGAUCGAACAUCAGAUCAUCUGUGCGGAGAAGAAACCUGACAAGUACAGUGAAUGUAGGGAAGACUUUCUGAAUGGCUCACUUGGAGUGGACCCUCCCAGAAGCCAUCCCAGAGGGAAGCCCUACAAAUGUAAAGAAUGUGGGAAAGCCUUCAGCCAAAGUGCACUUCUUACGAAACACCUGAGAGUUCACACUGGAGACAAGCCCUAUGAAUGUAGUGAUUGUGGCAAAGCCUUCAACCAGACUUCACACCUGAGGCAGCAUCGGAGAAUUCAUAAUGAAGAAAAACCCUUUGAAUGCAAUGAAUGUGGGAAAGCCUUCAGGGUGAGCUCAUCCCUUACUGAGCAUUGGAGGACUCAUACUGGUGAAAAACCCUAUCAGUGCAAUGAAUGUGGGAAAGCUUUUAAUCGGAGUACCCACCUUACACAGCACCAGAGGAUUCACACUGGAGAGAAGCCCUUUGCAUGUAAUGAAUGUGGGAAGGCCUUUAACCGGAGCACGCUCCUUACUCAGCACCAGAGAAUUCACACUGGAAAGAAACCCUAUGAAUGUGAUGAAUGUGGGAAGGCCUUCCGAGUGAGCUCAUCCCUUACUGAACAUCGGAGAAUUCACACUGGAGAGAAGCCCUAUGAAUGUAAUGAAUGUGGGAAGGCCUUCAACUGUAGUAAACUCCUUACUCAGCAUCAAAGGAUUCACACUGGAGAGAAGCCCUACGAAUGCAGCCAGUGUGGGAAAGCCUUCAACAAGAGCCCAAACCUUACUCGACAUCAAAGAAUUCACACUGGAGAGAAACCCUACAUAUGCAGUGACUGUGGUAAGACCUUCAACCAGAGUACCCACCUUAUUCAACACCAGAGAAUUCACACUGGAGAGAUUUUCUGUGAUCCCGUAGCCAACACAUACCUGUGAAGAUUGCUUAGGUACUUGAAGCCGUGGUUGCCUGUGAAUUUGCACUGGGGCUGAUGCAAAGAGGGGGCCCUCAGUCUACCAGGGUGGUUUGAUGGGAAAUGUUAGCAGUUGUCUACAAACCUGGUUUUCCCCUUGGGUUUCCCGUCUGGGAAGGGGCCAUGCUGCCAUACUCCACUGGCAGUGAACCUCUUCAUUCCCCAGGCCAACCAGAGAAUUCCUUAGACUGUAUUGAUACCAAGUUUCUUCUCCAGAGUUAGUGGGAGAGCAGAGCAGAGUUUUAGACCAGAUGGGAGAAAUGGGACAGGUAAUGCUACUGACUUGUUCCAUGAGCAGGUGAAGUAGCCACAGGGGUCUUUCACCCAGUCUUUAUGGACUUGGGUGCCAGGGAUCCAGGAAUGAGAAUUCCCCCAGGUAACAGCAUUCUCAUUUCUCUGUUUCAUUUCCUUUUCUCCUUCCCAUUUUGCUCUUUAUUCUCUGUCUCUUUUUCUCUAACCUCACAUCACUGGGGAGAAAAGUAGUGGGUGGGGGUAGGGGAGAGAGGGGAGCAGGCAGUCAGAGAGCUUGGUCAGGGAUGCUCCGCUACGUAGGAGUUCUCCACAGGCCGCUGCUUUGAUGGGAAAGUGAUUCUCGGCUACCUUUGGUGGUGUUUGUAGAUUGUGGUUGGGGGGUGAGGGGGGAAAUGAAAGUAUGGACCUCCUUUGGUCUCUCUGCUCUGGUUCCCCACCCCCACCCCAUUCACAGGCUCACAGCUGACAAAGUCAUUUUCCUAAGACAGGUCUCGCACUGUUGCUCCUGUGCUUCAGUCUUCGGGAGCUCCCCAUUACCUCCAGAGCAGAAGUAUCUGCAACCUUAACUCAUGACCUCACCAGGCCUCAGCUUCCUCCAUAAAGGGGGGGUGAGAGGGGUUGAUAAUAAAACUUAGAAGCUGC